UUAUAUUUCUCAUUUUCAUUUCCAUUAUUUCUAUAUCGAUGCCUAACUAUCCUCUAACGAAAUCGAACGUUUACAUCAUGCAUAUUCAUGAUGAAAUGCAGCAAUCAAUAAACACACUUCAGUGAAUAAAGUAGUUAGUGUUAUCUUGCGAUUUUACUUUCUUCAGUCACGUACGAGGAAAUUUGUAUAUAUUUUUUAGUGUUAAUUUGUUGUUCUUCAAGAUUAGUAUAUGAAAAUGGUUUCAUGGCUGAAUAAAAAGAUCGAUCAGCUUCUACAACCAGAACUUCUCAGGCCAGAAAACCUAGGACAAUUACUGCCUGGUGAAUAUGUGCCAAUUCCAUCUGAUAUUGUUCUUCCGUCAAUAAUAACAGCAUUUGCGUUUGUUUUAAUACGUCAUAUAUUUGAUAGACUUGUGGUAUAUCCAAUUGGAACAUACUUUGGACUUAAGGACAGCAUUCCUAGGAAGACAACUUUUGACCAUCCAGUUUUGGAACAAGAAUACAAGAAUAGUAAAAGUCCAACUUCUGAUGUUAUACUGGUUUUAUCCAAGAAAACAGGUAUAUCUGAAAGAACCAUACAGUUUUGGUUCAAAAAAAGGAAAAAGCAGGACAAGGUUUCUGGAAUCAAAAGAUUAAGUGACAGCAGUUGGUCAUUUGCUUUUUACUUUGUGUUAUCUUGGUAUGGAAUAUAUGUUUUAUCCAAUAAACAAUGGAGUACAAAAACAGAAGACUGCUGGAAAGGUUGGCCAUUAUUGACAGUGUCUAACGAUAUGUAUUACUACUACCUCUUAGAAUUAGGCUAUUAUAUUUCAUAUAUUUAUAUGCUGUUCACAGACCAUAAAAGAAAGGAUUUCUUAGAAUUUUUCAUCCAUCAUAAUGUGACAGUAAUUCUUUUGAUUUUAUCAUGGUCUGUCAAUGUUGUACGUAUUGGUGCAUUGGUUCUUUGUAUACACGAUCCGGUGGAUUAUCUUCUUACGUUUGCUAAAUCAGCUGUUUACUGUAAAAAGCACCGAGUAGCAGACAUUUGCUUUGUUGUAUUUUUGUUUUUGUGGAUUUUAACAAGACUUAUCGUUUACCCAUAUGUAGUCUUGUAUUCGGUGUAUAUAGAACUCCCAACGCUAGCAGAGAAUGACAUUUAUAUAAAAACAUUGGACAGCAGCCUUGUUAUACAGUUUCUGAAGGCAUUACUAGUUGUUUUACAAGUGCUUCAUGUUCUGUGGACGAUUUUAAUUUUUAAGUCUGCAGCAACAAAAUUUACACGUGGAGAGCUUCAAGAUGCUAGAAGUGACUCAGAAGAUGAUGAAAAGGAUGAUGAUGAUGAUCUUAAUGAUGAAAACUUCAAAGAAAUGUUCAACAAUAAUGCAGGAAACAAUGGCAUUGGUCAAUAAAUGUGCAAUUUUACCUCAAAAGGCAGCCUUUACAAACAUGAUUUUGUUCUACUAAAUAUAUAUAUAUUUUGUGUUGUGAAAGUAAACUGUAUACAAUCGUCAAAUUUAUGAUAUAUGUUUUAUAUGUUUUAUAUGCUUUAUAUGCUUAAAUUAUCCUUCCUAUUAAAAUGUAUGUAAAACAAAUGUGUUCUAAAUG